AUGCUGCAUAUAUCUAUCUAUCUAUCUAUCUAUCUAUCUAUCUAUCUAUCUAUCUAUCUCCUUCUUACUCUCACUCUCUCUGUCCUUAUCUGUAUCGAUAUGUUCCUCAGUCAACCGACCUCAGUUGGAUCAUAUCUUCUCUCUCUCUCUCUCUCUCUCUCUCUCUCUCUAUCUAUCUAUCUAUCUAUCCAUCUAGCUGUCCCGGUCUGUUUAUUAUCGAUCUAUCUAUCUAGCUAUCUCGGUUUGUUCAUAUCUAUCUAUCUAUCUAUCUAUCUAUCUAUCUAUCUAUCUAUCUAUCUAUGUUCCUUUCUUUCUUUAUUUCUUUCUUUUUACUUAUAUUUAUUCACUAUCUCUGUCUCUUUCUAUCUACCUGUUCAUUUAUCUGUUGGAAUUCCCCCCCCACUAUUUGUUACAAUACUAUCUAUGUAUCCCAUUCUGUCUGUCUAUCUAUCUGUCUAUCUAUCUAUCUAUCUAUUAUAUACCGCAGUUGCUUUCUUCUUAAUAAUCUAUUCCUGCUUUUUUUUCUUUUUUAGCAGCAAAGAAAUGCAUCAAAUACUUAACAAUCAUAUUUACAAGGCAUGCCUUCUAUUCUUUUCCUUCUUCUUCUUCUUCUUGUCAAUCUACUUCAUCUUCUUCUUGACAUUCUUCUUCUUUCUCCUUGUCAUUCUUUUCCUUCUUCUGGACAUUCUUCUUCUUCUUCAUGAAAUCCUUCUUCUUCUUCUCCCUCUUCUUCUUGAUAUUUUUUCUUCUUUCUUCUUCUUUUCCUUGACAUUCUUCUUCUUCUUCUUUCUCCUUGUCAUUCUUCUUCUUCUUCUUUCUUCUUGA